ACUCCGAUGAGCUCACCCACCUCCAUUUCUCAGCUUCAGCAGGCACGCUCACCGUAACAGGCACGACACCCUCGGGAGGGAACAUGUCCUGGGUAUCCGUCUCUCCCGUAGACCCAGCCUUGUUCAUAGGCACGAACGAGCUGGAAGAGGGAGAGGUGCGCGCGUUUCGUCUCAAGCAGGUCGGGGAGAAGGUGGAACUGGAACCUCUCGGCAGUGUGCAGAAGACCGAGGGACACAGUCCGGCACAUCAUCUCGUGGUUGAGGAGGGGGGGGUCGUACUCGCAGCCAAUUACAUGACCGGGACGCUGCUCGCUGUCCCCCUCACUGCUACAGGCUUGAAGGCGCCCACCCAUCCGAUACUCAAGUUCCCAUUCAUUGGCCCCGGCCCGAACCUCGAGCGGCAAGAGUCGUCUCAUCCACACCAAGUCUAUCAGCGCUCCUCUUCCGAGAUCCUCAUCCCCGACCUAGGCGCAGACAAGAUCUGGCGUCUUGCACCCUCUGCAAGCGGGGAAUGGGAAAUCAAGGGCGAGGUGGCCUGUGCGUCCGGUGCAGGGCCGAGACACGUCCAGCUGGUAGCGAGCGACUUGUACGUUCUGAACGAGCUCAACAACACCCUGUCGCAUUAUACACUCCCCGGAGGCCUUGGGACGACCGCGAGCGUACGUACCACUCAGCCGUGUACGCUCCUCCCCACUCCGCCUGGUGCGGGUGCUGCGGAACUUCUGCUGCAUCCUGCGGGUAAGUACUUGUACGCCACCAACCGAGACAGCGGGGACGCAAAGGGAGACACGAUUGCGAUAUUCAAGCUGGAGGCAUCGGUCCUCGCUCUCGGGGCGAAGGAACCCAAAUGGGUGAAGGAGGUGCACACGGGACUGGAGCAUAUUAGGGGUGCAGUUAUCAAGGAACUGGAUGGAAAAGUAUGGUUGAUUGCUGCCGGUGUCAAGGGGGGCGGAAUUAAGGUGUUUGAGGUUGUUGGAGGGGAGAAUUUGGUCGAGGUUGCACAUGCUGCUAUUGAGAAGGUUACUGGAUUUGCUUGGCUUUGAAGGCUGUUCAUUGUCUUCUU